GAAACAGAAUUGAGUGAAGUAGAAUGUCUGAUUGACUGAAUAAGGAUCAGGGGAUAGUGGCAGCGAGGAAGGAAGAAUAAGUGAAGUUUGAAGGUUGACGCAAAGCAAGAAGAACAUUGGUGGCAUGCAAAUACAAGUAAAUAAUGUAAGGUAAGCUAAGAUCGACACACAGCAGAAAAGGAAAAAUGACGAUGGACGACGAUAGCUCUAUAUAUGUUGGGGGUCUUCCUUACGACAUCACCGACGAAACCAUUCGCACUGUCUUCAAUUUGUAUGGUGCCAUUCUCGAUGUGAAGAUUAUCAACGACCAACGCGGUAGGGGGAAGUGCUAUUGUUUUGUUACUUUCACGAAUCCUAGGUCAGCGAUCGACGCCAUCAACGACAUGAAUGGCAGAACCAUUGACGGGCGUGUGGUUAAAGUUAAUGGGGUGAGGUCUCGUGGGGGCAGGUCAAACUUUGGCAGAGAACGGUAUUACCAUCAUAAUGAUGAGAGGAAUGGAGAUUGGGAUCGUGGGAGAGAUCGAGACCGAGAUUAUGAUCAUGAUAAUAGUGGUAGGGAUGGAUACAGGAAUCGGAGCAAUGAUUGGAGUCGGGACCGUGAUAGGUCUCGAGACCGAGACCAGGACAGGGAUAGAAGAUUUGAGCAUAUACAUGACUAUGAUGAAGAUAGAGAUCCUAUGUUAGAUAAUGACUGGGGUAGAGAGGAUGAUAGAGUUGAAAAUGAACAAGAACAUAGCAGGGGGGAUGGUGGAGAUGUGGAUAGAGACCACAACUUGGAUUUUAAUGCAGACAGGAAAACGGAUAGGACAAGUGACCUUGAUAGAAGUUUUGAUGAGGAUAGAAAAGAUCAGUCAAGGAGAAACAAUGACUUGAAUGUUACAAAUCAACAUAGCAUGGAUCUUUCAUCAGAAUCAACUGGUGCUGACGAUGAUCAGGUAGAAGCUCAAUUAGAGAGCUCAACUAAGCAGCUUGAUCAACUCAAAAAAGAGGUUUCUCAAAUGGAAGAGGGAUUGGAAGAGAAAAGGGUCCAUGUUAAGGAAUUGCAAAAGCAAUCUAAGAAACUGGAGGAUGCACUGAUCAAUGCAAAGAAAAACACUUCAUAUCGUCAGAUGCAGUUGAUAAAGCUUCAUAAAUGUUUUCUGCAAGUGAAAGAUUACACAGAAAGACUUAAAUAUAGUGAAAAGGAACUUCAGGCUCUAAUUGAUACAGUACUGUUAGAGAUUGAUGGUGAUGGCGUUGGAUUAAAGGAUGGACAACUAACAAAUGGAAGUCUUGAUGCUAGAUAGUAAUUCUAUAUUUGGAAAUUUCAGAUUGUGUCACUGAUGCUUAAAAUGGGUUUAGCACACAUAAUACCUUGUCUGAUAUGAAGAAAAAAUGGCUGGAUAAGUCAAUGAAUCUCUUUUAUUUUUCUUUUUCUGAUUCAACAACUCUAGCUUUUACUAAAUAGCAUCAAUAGAGUUUUGCUUAUACUGUUUAGUUGGUGGUUAACUUGGUCAUAAUUAUGGAUUCACCUGUUAUAAAUUCACAAGAUAAACAAAUUGCAUGUGGUGUACCUUUUGGACUUUUGUAUUAGGUCAGAGAAUUCAGUGUUAUCUUUUGUUCAUUGUCAUCUCUAUUUAA